CGUGUAUAACGAUAACCAGUUAGCAAGUUGGAAAUUUCCGAGUUCCCUCUAGCAUAUGAACAUGGCAUAAAGCCAGCCAGCCACAUCAACGUAGUUCUGACAACAAGUCGUCGACUGCUUGCACUUUUGGAUGUAUUUUUUACUAGCUAAAUCCACAGAUGAAUAGCCUGUCGUAACAUCAAAUACAUUGUUUUACAACUAUAAAUGAAUGUUAAAACAUCAAGAUCGAUGUCAUGGAAUAGUCAGUCGUCUGUUGUUUUGAAGUAGCUAGCCUAGCGUUAAGGCUGGGUGUGUAAUGUCAGCUAGCUACGACGACUUUAGCAGUUAGCUACGUUUUUCAAAGGAAAAGAGGUUGCUACCGUUAACUAGCGAAUAUAAACCGCAUACUGGGUUGCCUGACGUUAGUUCGCUAGGCUAGUUAUCUAAAACGUUAAUCGGUUGGUUUUCUGUUAUUCCUUUGGAUGCGGAAGAUGGCCCAGUCACCGGUUGCGGUGCAAGUGCCUGGGAUGCAGAACAGCCGGACGGACCCUGAGGAGCUGUUCACCAAGCUGGAGCGUAUUGGGAAGGGCUCCUUCGGCGAGGUGUUCAAGGGCAUCGACAACCGUACCCAGAAUGUGGUGGCCAUCAAGACCAUAGACCUGGAGGAGGCUGAGGAUGAGAUGGAGGACAUCCAGCAGGAGAUCACCGUGCUCAGCCAGUGUGACAGCCCCUACGUCACCAAGUACUACGGCUCCUACCUCAAGGGCAGUAAACUAUGGAUCAUUAUGGAGUACCUUGGUGGUGGCUCAGCUCUGGACCUGCUGCGAGCAGGGGCAUUUGACGAGUUUCAGAUUGCGACCAUGCUGAAGGAGAUCUUGAAGGGUCUGGACUACCUCCACUCCGAGAGGAAGAUUCACAGGGACAUCAAAGCGGCCAACGUGCUCCUGUCCGAGUGUGGCGAAGUGAAGCUGGCAGACUUUGGCGUGGCGGGCCAGCUGACAGACACCCAGAUCAAACGGGAGACGUUCGUGGGCACGCCAUUCUGGAUGGCCCCUGAGGUCAUCCAACAGUCUGCCUAUGACUCCAAGGCUGAUAUUUGGUCUCUGGGCAUCACUGCCAUCGAGCUGGCCAAGGGUGAACCUCCCAACUCAGACAUGCACCCCAUGCGGGUCCUCUUCCUCAUACCAAAGAACACCCCACCCACCCUCAGUGGAGACUUCUCCAAGACCUUCAAAGAGUUUAUAGACUCCUGCCUCAACAAAGACCCUUCAUUUAGGCCAACAGCUAAGGAGCUUCUGAAGCACAAGUUCAUAGUGAAGAAUGCCAAGAAGACGUCCUACCUCACUGAGCUGAUAGACCGGUUGAAACGCUGGAAAGCUGAGGGACACAGUGACGGAGACUCCAGCUCUGAAGACUCUGACUCGGAGUCCAGCAACAAGGAGAAUGACUCCUCCCAGCCAGGCUGGUCCUUUACUACUGUUCGCAAGAAGAAAGAUCCAAAUAAUGUGUCCAAUGGAACGGACCAAGGCCUCCUGAAGAAGUCUGCCAGCUUGACCACACUGAUCGCCCCGGUAUUCACUGAGCUGCAGCGCAGGGAUGGACAGAUGAAGGGAGGGAUAGAGGAGCUGGAGAAAAACCUCCACAUGGCUGAGGACAUCUGCCCUGGAGUCACAGACAAGAUGGUCAACCGGAUCAUCGACAAGUUCCAGAGAUUUUCUGUGAGUUAGUGGCUUGUGGAGGGCAGGUUUAGACGCUUGAUGAGGACCACGCCUCCAGAGUGCAUCAUCAGGCUCUAUGCCUUUUCCCAUCAUCCCCCAUUCCUUUUCCCACCAUCCUCCAUGCCUCUCCUCUGAUCAGCCCCCACCAGGACCAUUGGAUGCAGGGAAAGAGGGAGGACUCCUGCUGUGCACACUCACUGAUCUUAUAACCAAAAAUGUUAUUUUUUAUUUGUCUGUAUAUUUGUUGAAAUAUGUUUAUGCUAUUUUAUUUAACCCCUUUUAAAAGUAGGCUCAAGCGUGUUACUGUUAUAUUAGUCAAUAGUAUUUUAGUUUUGUAAUAUUUUAAGUCUUUUUUUUAAAUGUUAUUAUAAGGACGUAACAUCAAUCUUCUGCUGAGCAUAAGACGUCUACUUAAGUCAGAUAUUAAGGAUAGUUUAGUUUUCAAUUUUGAGUUCAUUUUUUUACUGCUACUAAAAAUGUUUAAGUAGCUAUAUUGUAGAUGUUCAGUGUACUGCACUUGUUUCUGAUGUCUAGCUUACCAUCUUCAUGUCACUUGUAGCAUUUAGAAACCUGCUGUUUGGAGAACUGCAUAUCUAGUCAAACCACAGGAGUUCAAUACCUCUGCUGAGAGCAGUCCGUGGGUGGGGGGAAAGGCUCAGACCAGUGGAUGUCUGUAAACGGAAACUUCUGUUCGGUGACAAUUGGAAAGGGGGUCACUUGUUUUGGGCAUUAGGAAAGACCGUAUCGGAAAUGGGAAGACUUUGCUGUGCAAAAGAUGUAUCACGCUCCCUCUCAUUCCAAAAGAUACAAAUCAUAUCUAUCUUAGGGGAUCUUAGCUCGAGAAGGGCAAUCCUAUUGGAGGCUUUGGAGAUCUACUUUUGAAGGAAAUAUGCACUGCACACACUUUGAUGGGGAUGCAGCUUUUUCUAAAUACGCUUGCUAGUUUAUUUCCCUACUUAGACUAGAUCUCAAGGGAGACGGGGGACUUUUCUGUCUUAAAGACACUAUGCUCUCCCUCUACCAAAAAUACUUGACAAGUGCUCAAGUGAAAUGGCAAUGUGGGUAUUGUAAUGUUUGAAACAUUUUGGUCUGAGUCCUUGAGCACUCUACUGGGAGUCGUGUCCUUUUGAACAAAUCCCAAAUAAAGAUUUUCUUGAGAAUGUUAUCAGCCAAGCUCAGACACAUACAUACAAAAGGGUGCCAUCUUUGGUGUGGUGGUGACAGAGCCCCUUUUGGAAGGGAGGAAGUAUGCCAACUUAACAUCCAAUGGUGCCUAAUACUUAAAUCGUAGUGAUAUUCUCUAUUUAAUUGUGGUCAUGUAUCAUCGAAUGCAUUAAAUAGUAAUAAUAAGUUUGUGAAGGCAAUAAUGCAUUUGAUCAUUGCAUAUUUUUGUAUUUCCUCAUCAAUUACAUGCAGAUGGAAAACAAGAUUUUUUUUUAUAUUUCUGUAUCUGAACUUUAUAAAAGAAACUGUUGACUUAGCUUUACAGGAAGCUGUCAAAUGUAUAUAUUGGAUAGUCUUUGCUUCAAUCGUUGCAAAAUUCAUUUUGGUUUGGUUUUGAAAAUAAAUAUUUAAAUUAUG